AGACAUUGGCUUUGUCAUGUGAUCAGCUGUAUCCAAUCACAGCUGAUCACUGAUCAUCAGGGCACUGAUGAUCAGUGUGCCCUGAUGAUCAGUGUAGCCCCAUCAUUGCCACCUGUCAGUGCCCUUCAAUGCAUGCCAGCUGUCAGUGCUUAUCAAUGCCACCUGCCAGUGCCCAUCAGUGCCACAUCAAUGCCACAUAUCAGUGACUACCAGUGCACAUAUCAGUGCCCAUCUGAGCUGCCUUUCAGUGCCACCUAUCAGUGCCAGUCAGUGCCACCUAUCAAUGCCAAUCAGUGCCAGUCAGUGCCACCUACCAGU